UGUCAUUAAGUUAAAGGCUCGGUUGGCGAGCAACGAUUUGCACACCGACAAACACGGUCGUCGGAGAGAAAAAAGAGAUAAGGUGUGCUAAUAUUAUUAGAACUCACCCCGCAUAUCAAAUAUCGCGAUGAGAACAACGGUGUUACCCACCUUCUACGAUUCUUCGUUACCGCGCGUAUUCGCCCUCGCUAAUGACGAUUCGUCGUGUAAAACGUCUUUACUCAGAACGAUAAUCCAUUCCGGUGGAAUCCUUUCUGCAGAAACGUUUCAGCGGAGAGGGAGGAGAAAAGGGACGAACGAGUCAUGCGUACAGGAGCAACGAUUAAGCGCUAAUCGAGAAUGACGGAUGAUUUACGCUGACGGCAGGUGGAUUUACCUUUAUCCGGUCGUUUAUCGAGCCACAAUCUGGAGAGUCGAUCUCACGAUUGAAGAUACACGCGAGCCCAACGUGACUGAGUGAGAAAGAAGAUAACGCGCGGUAAGGGUAACACGAUAAGGGUGAGCGAUGUUGACCAAUUAGCGUACGUUGCGUGACGCACGUACAAUGAACAGGAAUGCGACGAUGAGGAAUUUCGGCAGAUCCAGUGUAAAUAAGGGAGCACUCGCGUUGACGUUCGCAAAACAUGCCAACGCACGAACUCAUCCUCGUAGCAUCGCUGUUACUGCGCGUAAUAUCGGUAGCCGGUGAUUGCCGAUGGAGCCAGGCGGUCGGAUUCUGGAGCGACGUCAUCUGCUCGAUGGAAAACUGCAAGACCGUGAAUUUCCACCGUGUGCAUGACCGGCAAAAUUCCACUGUCGUGUCGCGAUGCUUCGACGAACUGGUGCUCGUGGUCGCGCGGAAGUGCGAGAUGACAAUCCUAUCGAGGGCUUACCGGUCCGGAGAUGAAUCCUUCAUCGACGACGAAGACGCGGUGCGUGGCAGCGCGAACCGGUCGUCGAUUUGGAGGAUCACGUCCUCCGCGGACGCGCUCGUAACGCGGCCGAUGAUUAAAGGAAUAUCGCCACAGAACGACCAGAAAGAUCCUCCGCAUGAACGAAAUACGUGGAACGUGCACGUGAUUCUCGCGAGAGACGUUCGCUCCUUCCACCGGAUCUUGCGGAACGAGAUGUUCGAGUGGAAUCCGCGAGAUCGGUGUAUCGUGCUGAUCGUACAUCGAAAGAAAGAUCAAGGGGAACGGGGAAACGAGCCGGGUGUAAGUAUCGAGGAUAUCCUCAGGACGCUAUGGUACGAACGUAAGGUCUACAACAUCUUCGUCUCCGACGGAGUCCUCGUGAACGGCACGAGCCGAAUCAAUCGAUUCGUGAGCACUUACAACCCGUUCGCCAAAGUCAACGAUUCUGCCUGGGGCGGGAUCGAUGUUGUGAGCGUAAACACGACGGCGCGUUCGUCGAAUUUAACGUACCGCUGCACCAGAAAUCUCAAUGGAUACGAGCUGAAAGUGGGUAUAUUUGAGGGAAACCACUCAAUCGCGAAUAUGAUGAGCAGCUCGGUUAUGCAGCCGGUCAGCAUGCAGUACGAUUAUUCCAAUAUUUUCAAAGGCUUCGACGAGACAAUAUUAGAUAUAGUGGCCAGACAGAUGAAUUUCACCGCGAAACGGGUACACCCGACGGACAACAGGUCGUUCGGUUACCAAUUGCCCAACGGGACGUACAUCGGUGCUAUAGGUGACGUGGUGUACGGCAGAACGGACGUCUGCUUCGAGUCCUUCUUCGUGAAGAGGUACAGCCCCUACAAGAACAUGCUGAUCGAAUUUACCGCACAGGUGGAGUUCGACAGAGUAUGCGUGAUUGUGCCGAAAGCGUCCAAGAUACCCAAGUGGCUUCGAAUAUACCAUUUCUUUCCGCUUUCGAUUUGGAUCUUCUCGAUGCUGUCUCACGUCCUCACGUAUAUCACGUGGCACUUGUUGCAGGUCUUCAAUCCACGAAGAACCGGCAGGGUCAGUUUCCUCACGACCGUCUAUCGGUCGUUUCUAUUCAACUGCGGCUGCCCGCAGAAGUUACCGUACUCGAAUGCCGAGAGGAUAUUACUGUCGGGCAUCUUCCUCGGCAACAUCACCAUAGUCGGGUUCUUUAAUGGUAUGCUGUACAAGAGUUUCGCGAACGACAUGUAUUACCGGGACAUCGACAGUCUCGAAGACCUGGAAGCCUCGGGAUUGCCGAUACUGUUCACCUCCUUCGGCGUGAGCGAUAUCUUCGGCCUUAAGAAGGACACGGACGCGACGCCGCUCAUACAGAGCCUGAAACGGAAGCUGCAACACGGCUAUAACGCUGUGAUAAACGCGGCCUAUUAUCGCAACGUCUCGGGGCUGAUGAGGAAACAUCAUUUCUCCAUCUUGAACGAGGAGCUGGUCAACACGGACGGCUCGCCGAUGCUUCAUCUCGUUAAGGAAUGUCCAGGUACGUACUAUCUGUCCUAUCUGCUGCCCAGGAAUUCGAUUCUACGCGAAAAGAUAAAUACGCUGAUCGCUCGACUGAAUCAAGCCGGCUUGCCGACUCUGUGGACCAGCCGCACCAUUCAACGCACCGUCGUGAAAAAGAAGCUACUGGCCAAACGGCAGGAGAACAAAGCGGACCGUUUCGUGGCGUUCAGCUUGUCCGAUCUGCAGACGUCCUUUUUCACCCUGCUAGUAGGACUGUCGCUGUCUACGAUAGUGUUUUGCCACGAGAGAGGCUGGUUGAGAGCACUGUUGUCGCGUAGCGGGAAAUCGAGUUCCGAGUCUAAACGUUAAUCGUCACCCCGCGGUGUUUUCCUUUCCGCUUUUUAUUUCGCCCGUAAAAUUCCUUCCUGCGGUGAAGCGUGCGCGUAAAUUUCCGGGACGAUUCCCUGGUCAACGGUGGAUAUGCUACGAACUCGUGGUAUGAGAAAGCAGAAAAUAUUCCCUCCUAUUUCUCCCGAGUUCCCAUUUCCCCGGCGCGAUAAACGUUCCAAUUUCUCCGGUUUACCGGUUGACACAGUUGAGCGAGAUAUCAUGGUAAAUAAUACAACAGCGAGAGAAAUUCAGCGCGGUGAUUUAAUUUACAUUAUACAAUAGUUUUCACUACGAGAGGAACGAUCGUCAAUAUUUUCUCACUGCUAGCGCGGACACUUGUGCGUGCAAAAACAUGAAAAAUACUUAUUUUGCAAGCCGAGUGUGAUCAAACGCUCACUAUCGCGAGAAGUCUCGUCGAGACGAGA